CCGGUUUAGCGGAACACCCAUCGAUCGUAGGGUGUUCUCCACGUCACCAAUCUUGGAUCCCAAGGUCGCGUCUCAUAUGCGGCGCCCCCCGAUCUGGCGUCCCGCCCGCCGUCCACUGAUGGUACCGUGGCUGCAUGCUCCACGCCUCCUCUGCCUGCACCGGCGAGGGUCCCUAUAUACGCCUCUAGUUAGGUAGCGCGAGGCACUGGCAUAGAUGGAGGGCGGGGAAGGGGUAGGGAGCGGUGGCCAUCUCGCGCCUCUCCUCGACGGCCACGGCAGUGGCAGCGGCUUGGACGCGGCGCUCCUCCGCCGCCUCUACGUCGGCCACUUCCUCGCCAGAUGGGGCGCACGUAUGUGGGAGUUCUCGGUGGGGCUGUACAUGAUCCGCAUCUGGCCGGACUCGCUGCUCUUCGCCGCCGUCUACGGCGUCGUCGAGGCCUCAUCCGUCGCCGUUUUCGGCCCCAUGGUCGGCACCCUCGUCGACAGGCUCACUUACCUGCAGGUUUUGGGCCUGUGGCUGCUAGUUCAAAGCUCAUCCUUCAUCGUCGCUGGCAUCUCAGUAACCGCACUGCUUGUCUACGAUGACCUGAAAGUUACAAGCUUCCCGGUCUUCGUGGCUCUAGUCAUCCUCACCAACGCGUCGGGCGCGCUCGCUGCACUCUCAACUCUCGCCGGCACCAUACUGAUCGAGCGAGAAUGGGUGGUGGUGAUCUGCAGUGGGCAUCCGGCAGCGGUGCUGACCAACACUAACUCGGUGAUCCGGAGGAUUGACCUAAGCUGCAAGUUAUUGGCGCCGGUGCUGUCGGGGUUUGUGAUCAGCUUCGUGUCGACGGAGGCCUCCGCAGUGGCGCUGGCGCUGUGGAACGUUGCCUCGGUGGGGCUGGAGUACUGGCUCUUCGUCUCGGUAUACAACGGCGUGCCCGCUCUCGGCGAAAACGUCCAGCUGAGAAGGGAGUCCUCAGCGGUGGCAGCAUUACCUUCGUCGGAGAUUGUAGCGACGUCCGAUGAGGAGGUGCAGAGGUAUGGUCAGGACGCAGCGGAUUGGAGGGUCGGUGUGACGAAGCACCUCUCCAUCCUGCCCUGCUGGGAGUCCUGGGUUGUGUACAUGAGGCAAGAGGUGAUGCUACCAGGGGUUGCCCUUGCUAUCCUCUACUUCACUGUCCUAAGUUUUGGUACGCUGAUGACGGCAACUCUUGACUGGAAAGGCAUCCCCGCGUACGUGAUCAGUCUGGCAAGGGGUUUCAGCGCCAUUGUCGGGAUCGCUGCAACUUUGCUAUACCCAGUCGUGCACUCGCGGGUGUCGACGCUUCGAACAGGGCUCUGGUCCAUCUGGAUGCAGUGGUGCUGCCUGCUGCUGUGUGUCGGCUCCAUCUGGGUGAGCGACGGCGUGGUGUCCGCGUGGGUGCUCAUGGCCGGGGUCGCGGCGUCGCGACUUGGCCUCUGGAUGUUCGACCUGGCUGUCAUGCAGCUGAUGCAGGACAAUGUCCGGGACUCGGAUCGGUGCGUCGUUGGAGGGGUGCAGAACUCGCUGCAGUCCAUCUUCGACCUGCUCACCUACAUCAUGGGCAUCAUCAUCUCCGACCCCAGGGAUUUCAGCGAGCUCAUCGUGCUCUCCUUCUUCCUGGUGACCUGCGCCGCGCUCAUGUACACGCUGCACGUCUACCGCGUGCGGAAGCACCUGUUCCACAUGGACAAGAUCAUUGCCAAGCUGGGCUGGAUAAAAAUUUCUUGAUCUGAAUCUCAAAAUGAAAGUUAUCGAUCUGAAUCUAAAAAAGAAUCUUGACCUGGUUAUCAAGAGUUCGUGAGCUGACAAAUAAUCUAGGCCUCACCGCUGCUAGUUUGCGCCAGAUUAUUCCAUUUCAGACAACGGUAGAGAUUUCUUUUUUCUUUCUGCCAGUGGAACAUAUUGCUGUUGUACGCAUGAUAGUGCAAAACUAGCUGUGAGCACUUGUGCAGUGCGUAAACCAUUUUUGUAGCUAAGUUAAAGGGCACUGCAGAUGAGAUAGAGUGUUUUCGUCCCUCAAACAUGUUUUGACCUUACUUUCAUCUCUAAACUAUAAAACUACUCAAAAGUUCUUAGUCGGU